AUCGCCGCUUCCGACUGCCCCGUGGAGAAAGAGCGUGUGAAAGAGCAGCCUGAAAAGCGUGGCGAGGGAAACGGCCACCGAUGUGCCCCUUCUCCGCAGGGCCCCGGCCGAGAGUGAAGGUCUCCAGGUCUCUGCGGAGUCUGCUGCCACACUCCAGAACACGUCAAGUGCCUGCAGUGGAGCCGGGCCUGUGCUGGGUGACCUUUGAAGACGUGUCCGUGUAUUUCACAGAGGGCCAGGGGGCUCUGCUGGAUCCGGAUCAACGGGCCUUGUACCGGGAUGUCAUGCUGGAAAAUUAUGGGAACCUGGCCUCACUGGGUUUUCCAGUCACCAAGCCUGAACUCAUCUCCCAGCUGGAACGAGGGCAAGAGCCAUGGGUGGCAGAUGCUCAGGACCUGGACAAGAAGGAGAACGCCAACUCCCAUCCAGGUCUAUGUGGGAAGAAUCUUAUGAGCACCAUGUGUGGGCAAAAUUCUGUGGAGAAAUCAGUUGGUGUCCAGCAUCGUACCAUCCACAGAGGGGAGAGAUCAUAUGAGUGUUUGGAACACGGAGAGAUUUUGGAUCAGCAAUCAUAUCUCUUGGAUCAGCCGAGAAUUCGCACAGGCAAGAAAUCAUUCAAAUGCUUGGAGUGUGGGAAGUGUUUUACUCAAAAAUCAAGUGUUUUGAUCCACCAGAGAGUCCAUACAGGAGAGAAGCCAUACAAGUGUUUGGAGUGCGGGAAGAGCUUUGCUCAACAAACCAAUUUCUUGUACCACCAAAGAGUCCACACAGGAGAGAGACCAUAUAAGUGCUUGGAGUGUGGGAAGUGUUGUUCUUCCAAAUCAAGUCUCAUGUCCCACCAGAGAGUUCACACGGGAGAGAAACCAUAUAAAUGCUUGGAAUGUGGAAAGUUUUUUUCGUGGAAAUCAGAUGUCAUUGUCCACCAGAGAAUCCACACAGGGGAGAAACCAUUCCAGUGUUUGGAGUGUGGCAAGUGUUUCACCCAAUCUGCAUCCUGUGAAAAACAUCAGAGAGUUCACACAGGGGAGAAACCAUUUCAAUGUUUGGAAUGUGGCAAGUAUUUUACUCAGGAUUCACAUCUCAAAAGGCACCACGCUGCCCAUACUGGAGAGAAACCAUAUAAAUGCUUGGAGUGUGGAAAGUGUUUUGCUCUCAAAUCAUAUCUUAUGACCCACGAAAGAGUUCAUACAGGGGAGAAACCCUAUAAAUGCUUUGAAUGUGGAAAGCGUUUUUCUCUCAAAUCAAAUCUCCUGAUUCAUCAGAGAGUCCACACGGGAGAGAAACCAUAUAAAUGUCUAAAGUGUGGGAAAUCUUAUGCUUGUCCUUCAUCCUUUGCAAAGCACCACAGAGCCCACACAGAGCAGAAUCCUCAUCAAUGUUUGUAAGGUCAGUUUUUUUUUAUUUUUUGUGCAUCAGUCUCACCUGAUGUUCAGCAGAGUACCUGCAUAGAAAAGAAAUCGUAUAAAUAAGGGGUCUCAAACUCGCGGCC